AUAGCCCAGAAAAAGGCAAUAUGUAAUUCUGGAAUAAUUCAAAAUCUCUGACUGAUUGAUAACACUGUGGUGUGUUUUAUGACUUGUUAGCGCAUGUUAUAUUCUUAUCAACUACUGUGAUCAUCAGCCUUCCUGCACAGGCUCCAUGUGGAUGAGUAUAAUAUUAAGAUGGGGAACGGUGCGUCUUAUCCGGUGGCCCAUAAUUCCUAUCAGCGUCCCUUUUGGUUGGUAGGCUUUGAAAGACAUCUUCCCAUUGGAAGCUUAGAGCGUCACGAUGAGGGCGGAUGGUGGUGUGGUCCACACAGCCCGUGUCACGGGAGGCUGAGGGAGCCGCCUAAAAGCGUGCCGAGGUAUUGGAUACGUGUUGUUGCUAGGGGCGUGGGUUGUGCCGUGAAAUAUUCUAGUUUCCCCGAGCCUGAAAGAGAUGAAAUAUAAGAAGACAACAGUCGUAUCAGCUGGACGACAGCUGCGCUGAGAGCUGCUGCCCGGUCCAACCUGAGGGAAACUGUGCCGCAGUGAGCAUUAUCUGAUAAGCGCCUGUGUUCAUCCUCCAGGACAGCACCGCCGCGGAGAGGGAAAAAGUACAGGAUAGUUACAGGAACAAUGCAGAGACGCUGAGGUCACACUUCUCGGAACUUAUUCAGAUUUUUACCCGGAACACCUGCUAGUUAUUUGCAUGAAGCAGAGCCCGGCGGGUGGAGGAGUCUUCACAGGGGAUGACAGCUGCGCACUUGCUCGUCCCGUGAUGUGUCUUUGGAGGGAUUAGUGAGCGCCACAGCCUAAACAUCCUGGCCUGUCCACUGUAGGCCACCGAUCUGUCUGCGGAGCAAAUCACAUUUAUAGCCUAUAGUUUGCGCUGGAGCGGGCACCUUAUGCAAUGUGGAGGGAACUGUUAUCGUGAGCUCAUAGGUUGAACUGGCAAUGACAUCAGGCUUAAGUUGAAUAGCUCUGCGCUGUAUUGCAGCAAGGUGGACCGGGGCGUGAGGUGGCAGGGAGCAAUGCGCGCAUCCUCCGAGCUGGACAUUUUGUGGGGGUGUUCUGUGUCCUAAACAAAUUCAAGGCAUAAAGGCCACAUACAUCCUGAGCUGGCGAACUGCGUCACUGCACGCGAGUGUUGCAGGUAGGCAGCAAACUCCCACCGCCGGGAGAGGAGCAUCAUCCUCCCUGCACAAUGUCGCCGGUAAGCGCUUAACAAUUUACCGGGGAUGGAUUCGGCGGAUCAGUCGAGCAAAGAUCCGCCACUUGGAUCCACGUUUUCCUCAGCACCUAAUUUAGACUCGGACAUUAAUGCAAAUGCCCGUAGGCCUGUUUACCAGAAUGGGACAGACCACAAUGUCAACAUCCACAUCGCAGCUCUGCGAGGAGCGAGUGACCCCAGCGCGUACCCGUCCACAGACUACCCGGCGCUGGUGCGCCAGAGGUUCAUCCGGCGGAGUUUGUGGGUGUCAGACACCGACGAGCAGCAGCCGGUGGACACACCGGAGUGUGUCAACAGCAGCCCGGUGUCACACAUUGACCUGCGGACCAUCGUUGAUCGGAGUCGGACCCGGGUUCUGCACGGAGCCCGCCUGGGCCUCAAUGAGACCUCGGACACAGAGAGCCAGGUGGGGCUGAAGGACAGCGUCACAGAGAGUGUGAGCGCUGAGGAGGUGAAAGGAGACAAGAGGGAAGCCGAGCCAAAGGUAGAGGUUACGCCCUCAGAUGUCACAGGUAAAGCAGGAAGUGACGAGAAUGAAGAGGAGCCCGGGAUGAAGGCUGUGUCCACUUCACCAGGGGGGCGUUUCCUCAAGUUUGACAUUGAGCUGGGCAGAGGGUCCUUCAAGACCGUCUAUAAAGGUCUUGACACCGACACCUGGGUUGAAGUGGCAUGGUGUGAACUUCAGGAGCGGAAACUGUCCAAAGCUGAGAGACAGAGGUUCAAAGAGGAGGCAGAGAUGUUAAAGGCUCUUCAGCAUCCCAACAUCGUGCGGUUUUAUGACUUCUGGGAAUCACCGGUUAAAGGGAAGAAGUGCAUCGUUCUGGUGACGGAGCUAAUGACCUCAGGGACACUAAAAACGUAUCUGAAGCGGUUUAAGGUGAUGAAGCCGAAAGUUUUGAGGAGCUGGUGCAGGCAGAUUCUCAAAGGCCUCCACUUCCUCCACACAAGGACUCCUCCAAUCAUCCACAGAGAUCUCAAGUGUGACAACAUCUUCAUCACUGGGCCCACAGGCUCGGUCAAGAUCGGAGACCUGGGCCUGGCAACACUGAAGAGGGCCUCCUUUGCUAAAAGUGUUAUUGGCACUCCAGAGUUCAUGGCCCCAGAGAUGUACGAGGAGCACUAUGACGAGGCUGUGGAUGUCUACGCGUUUGGGAUGUGCAUGCUGGAGAUGGCCACCUCAGAAUAUCCCUACUCUGAGUGUCAAAACGCGGCUCAGAUCUACCGCAAAGUCACCAGUGGGGUGAAACCUGCCAGCUACAGCAAAGUCAGUGACCCAGAAAUUAAGGAAAUAAUUGGUGAAUGUAUCUGCCACAGAUGGGAGGAAAGGUACUCCAUCAAGGACCUCCUGAACCAUGCCUUCUUUGCAGAGGACACAGGCGUGAGGGUGGAGCUGAAUGAAGACGAUGAUGGGAAGAAAUCAUCCAUUGCUCUGAAGCUGUGGGUUGAGGAUACUAAAAAGCUGAAGGGGAAAUACAAGGACACUGGUGCCAUUGAGUUUUCCUUCGACUUGGUGAACGAGGUCCCAGAGGUUGUUGCCCAAGAAAUGGUGGAAUCGGGUUUUUUCCUGGACUGUGAUGUGAAGAUAGUCGGGAAGUCCAUCCGGGACCGCGUGGCUCUCAUCAAGUGGCGGAGGGAGCGGACUUUCUCGUCAGCAAAUGGCGAUGUAGCUGUGAAGAAGCCGCAGCAGAACCUAUUGCAAGUGCCCGGUGCUGUUGUACCCCAGGCACCCACAUUAGUUACGACAGAUUAUGAGGAGCAAGAGGGGGAGCAGCAGACCCUGAUCUGCACCGUGCCAGUCACCAUGACUGCCACAUCUGACAGCGGAGUGAGCUCUACCAUGCAAUUAGAUGACCUAAACAAUCAGCAAAAUGGCACCUACCAGUCGCUUCCAGAGCCCAUUUCCUCGGCUCAUGUGAUCUACAGUCCUCCUGACCCUCAGCUGCACCAGGGAGCCUACCAGCAACCUGCAGGUCAGCUGCAUCCUGGGGCCUAUCAUCAGCCCGCAGCACAACUGCACCAGGGGCCUUAUCAGUCUCAAACAACAGUUUCUGCUCCAGCUACACCAGCCCCUAUUGUGCACCAGAGUAGACAGACAGCACAGAGCUUCCCAGCUGCAGCCCCCACUCUACAGCCACAGCUUACUGCCCAGUCCAGCCAGGAGCAGUGCCCUCUCCAACCAGCUGCUGUCCUGCCCCAGCUGUUAUCUGCUGACCAGCCUACAACUCACCUGAGUCCUCCUGACAUAUCCACCAGUUUUCCACAGUCAGUGUCCAGUGCUCCUCCUCCACUCCUGCCCCUGCAGAUCAGCACACAGUUUCCCUCACCAUAUCCUGUUGCUCAAACAGGGGGCCUCAUGCCCUCUCCCUUUCCCCCAGCUCCUCUGCCAUGUGCCUACAGCAGCAGUGGCCCUUCUACAUCUAGCUCCCAUUUCUCACCUUCACCCCACCAUCCCUCCCUUCCUCUGACCCCUCAUGCUGCCUUGCCCUCUGUACCCUCUCUCGGCACCCCUCAGACACCUCUAUCCACACCUCAGCACGUGCCCAGUGUGGCGCUCCCUAUUCCACUUCUUGCCAUGUCCUCUGCAGUGUCCCAGCAGAAGGGCAGCCCUCUCACAUCUCAGACUAACCUCGGUAGCUUCCAUACCACCCAUCCCUUACCUUUCUCCCAGGUACAACCCACCCCAUACCCCGCCCCCUACCCUGAGCAAGAAUUGUCUCAGCCGCCUUUCCAGGUACAGAUGAUUGCACCACAAGGUAAUCUGGGAGAUUUUCCCCUUUUGGCUCCGGCCCACCCAGUCUUGCCUACUCCUCUCUGGGGAAGCGGAGUCGAUGCAGAAACUUCUGCAGCUAGCCGAGACUUAACUGUAGCUCCAACAGUCCCAGCUUUGGUCCCAGCCCCAGUAUCAGACCCAGCCUCAAUCUCUGCUACAGCCCAAGCUGAAACUCAAGCCUCAGCACAAACUCCAGCUUCGACCUCUGUUAGCGCCCCAACUUCAGCCCCAAUACAAGUUCCAACAGCAGUGCAAGCCAUAUCCUCAGUCCCAGUCCAAGCACCAGUCUCUGCAUCGGGUCUUGCUUUUGAAUCACCAAAAGGCUCAUCGACUAGCUCAGAUACAUCCUCUGCAACUGGUAAACCCAAACUCUCAGUCCCAGGUUUAGGCUCUGCCCCAAUCCCUGUCACGUUGCCAGCCCCAGCUCCUGUCGCAGCUUCAGUCCCAGCUCCAGUUCUGCAGCCUGCUGGCAUCCAGACAGCAGUCUCAGUGUCUGAGUGUGCCAGCCUGGCUACAACUCAGCAAAACCUUGAGUCGACAUCUGCAUCCAGCACCCUUCAACAAGAGCCCUGUGGAGAGGAUGUGCUUCAAGACAAACCUGUAUCUUUACGCAGUUACACCUAUGACAGUCUCAACUCUGAUGUGGCGUCUGGUAAGGAAACAAGUGACGGCUAUGACAGCUUGGCUAGUGGAGGCAAGGGGGACGGAAAACCCAGGAAACACCACCGCAAGUCUGCUCGCACACGCUCCCGACAAGAAAAGACCAGCAAACCCAAACUGAGCAUGCUCAAUGUUUGCAACACUGGUGAUAAAAUGGUCGAAUGCCAGCUGGAGACUCACAACCACAAAAUGGUGACAUUUAAAUUUGAUCUGGAUGGAGAUGCUCCGGAGGAGAUUGCCACUUACAUGGUAGAGAAUGGGUUUAUCCUUCUGCUAGAGAAGGAGAUCUUCAUUGACCAGCUGAAGGACAUUGUGGACAAAGCUGAAGACAUGCUGAACGAAGACAUGGAGGGUGAACGGGCCACUGCCUUGAGUUGCAGUCCUGAACAAGGCCAGAUUUCCGAAGGACUGGUUGGAGAGAGUCAGCAGCCUGGAGCAUCUCAGCCUGUCUAUCAGCAAAAUGUUCUUCACACAGGAAAGAGAUGGUUCAUAAUCUGCCCUGUAGAGGAGACGCCCACAUCCAGUCAGGAGACGCCAUCUGAUGGCACAGCAACACAGUCUCCUGGGAGCUCAGCCACUACUCAGCCUGCUGACACUGGGACUGCAAGGCCGUCUACAUCCAGAGAAGAGGGGUCGUCCUCCACAAUGUCCGGUGGAAGUGGAGGCUUCACCUAUGAUGUGUAUGGAUUCUGUAGCCCCCCAAUAAUGUCCAACACAGACCCUCUCCUCUUAGCUACUCUGUCUCCGCCUGUGUCUGCUCCCCCAACCCUUCAGUCAGUGACAUCAGUGGAGCCUGCGGGCGGCUCGGUGCAGCCCAGUGUUCAUCAGGCCCAGCCAGCCAGAGCUCAGACUUUGCCCCCAUCAUCCCCGCAUACAUCUUUCCCAGUGGAUGAGUCACGGGGAUCCCCGUUGGGCUCCAUCUCCCCGAUUGAUUCAGCUCAGCAGAUGCCAGACGUGACAUGCCCGGUGUCUGUGGCUGACGAGGUGCCCUGCUGCCCUCUGGUCAUGCCCCUGUCUCUGGAUGUGAGCGGCUUACAGAGUGGGUCUCCUCUUACUCCUCUUCCUCUCCAGGAACCAGGCUCAGCCAAAGAGCCUCUGUCUGUCUCCUACACCUCGUCAGCACGCAGCGAGCACCCACAGCAGCCUGUGGUGCUGCACCAGCCUUUUUCCAGUGUGGGCGGGACCAAAGUGUCCUCACUACCCCAGAGCCCAGCGCCGUCCCAGCAUGGCGCAGGGCCCGGUGAGUCAGACACUGAGGGACGGCUGGGCCGCGGGGGCUUUGUGGACAGCACCAUAAAAACACUGGAUGAGAAACUGAGGAACUUGCUCUACCAGGAAUAUGCUCCCAUGUAUCCAUCAGGCAGUGCUGCGGAGACGCCAGGCUCCGGCACCGAGUACAUCCAGUCUCCUCCUGGUCCAGACAGCGCCACAGGAGGGUCAGGAAACAGCACUCCAGGGCCCAUGGGGGAGGGACGCUACAGGGCAGGGGAACAGCUGCCUCAAAUUCCAGAGAGAAUGGACAGUUUGAGCACACUGAGUGACUCAGCUGUGUGUGCAUCCCUGUCAAGAAGGCACGUUCCUAACUCUGCUUCCUGCUCUGGAACAAGAGGCAGAUUUAAGAUAAUCUCUGUCCCUCCUGAAGUGGCCAACAGACGAGAUGUGAAGCAGAGGAGCUGGAGCAGCGCUGCCUCACCAGCACACCCUACAGGAUACAGUGAGGACCACGUCCAGGCUGAGACCAUGACUGCCUCCACCACAAUUGGUCGUUUCUCUGUGGUUAGCACCGAAGAUGACAUUACACAGAGGACACGUUGCAGCCGCUACUCCGCCCCGCCUGAUUUCUACCUGGACACCCCUCCGUCCAUGGCCAAGCGAGGCUCUCUGCCUCGUGCCAAUACGUCAAACUCUGUCUCUGUGGAUGUCACUGUCCACGCUCGUUUCCUCUCCUCAGACUCGGGUGCUGAGAGCAGUCCUGCGAAGCUGACUCCUGCCACCCCGUCUCAACAUACUCGCUCCGAGCGCAGAGGAAGUGACCUCAUGAAGAGGGCAGUGGCCUUCCUCCGUCGUUCAGGGCGCAGCAGCAGCGUGCAGAGCUCUGACUCACCAAGCAGGCAUGGAGGUGUGCAUGGCUCGGCCUAUGCCAGCAGUGAUAAUGACUCAGAGAUGGAGGACUCGGACAUGAAGAAGGAGCUACAGAGACUGAGGGAGAAACAUUUGAGGGAGAUCUCUGAGCUGCAGGCCCAUCAGCGGGGGGAGGUGGAGCUUCUGUAUCGCCGGCUUGGCAAAGCCCCUCCUUCUGGCCUGGGUCUCUCACAUGUUGCACCACAUGCCGGCCGUAGGAAGAGGUCCGGCAAGCACAGACUGAAGCCUGGCAAACUCCUCAGCCCUCUGGUUCAACAGUUUAGAAAUGUCACAACCAAAACAAGUGACUCCAGCAAAUCCAGUACUGCUGCAGGUACAGGUGAGCCCACAGUGAGUUUAAACGGCUCUCCAGCCAAAGGGCCUUUCCCCACUCACGGCAGGGCACGCUCGUGCACCAGCCACCUUCCCAGCUCAACCACAGAGCCUGUGCAGACUCAGCAGCCCUGUUCCCUCAAGGGCUCUUUGUCUUCUGAUAAUAUUUAUGCUGGAUUACACGGAGACGGCACCAGCACACACGCUCCACCCGGACAAAGCUGGUCUAAUUACCCUCAAACGUCUGAGAGAGUGACCUAUAAAUCGAGUAGCAAGCCUCGAGCUAGAUUUCUCAGUGGGCCUGUGUCUUUGUCUAUCUGGACAACACUGAAGCGCCUGUGUCUUGGGAAGGAGCGUGGCAGCAGGUCUGGAGCUGGGCCAGGGGCUUUCAAUCAACCACAACAGCAGCCUCCCGGUGCCACACCUCCUUCUCAUCAGCCGGUGAUGGGACUGGCCCAAGCUCAGGCCAAUAACAGCAACAACAAGACAGGCACAUACACUGGCUCAUCCAUGAGUGCCAAUGAAAACAACCUGCCUGAGGACUUGCAGCGGCUGAUGGAGGACUGGGCCCAGGAGGUUCUUAUCGUCAGCCACAGGCCACGCACCAACUCUCUGAGCAUCAGCGGGCAGCAGCUUUGGAAUCAGGUCGUGCCUCAAACACGUGGACGGCUGGCUAGUGCUUCAGAUGUAUCAUGGACAGUUCCAGGUCCAGAGGCCUGCAAUCGUCCCCUGUCAUGGCCUGAUAGCCCCGGGUCAACAGUGAUGACCAGCCCCUCCACGGGGCCCCGGCCCAGUUAUCAGCUCCACUCUUCUGCUCCAUUCAGGGCCUUGCCCUCUCCUCUCUCUGUCAGCCAGUGGCCUGGGUUGCUCUUCCCCCUUCCUUCAGGAGUCUUUGCCUUUCCUGCUGUGCCCUCAGCCCAGGACGCCCCCAGCCCCAUUCUAGCCCCAUCAUAUCAGCCGUCCGACCCCAAAGCCAGGACUCUCUAACCUGAGUAGCAUUGUGUCUUCCAACUCCGUUACCAAAAAGAGAUCACAUUAUAGUUCUAGUCAAUCUUAUGUGCAUAUUCUGUAUAUAUUUAACCAGCAUGUAUUUAAUCAUAUGUACAUACUCGUCUCCAGUCCUCAGUUUUAUGUUGUUUGUUUAAUUUGCAUCAACAUACCUCAUGUCCAUGUUACGGUACAUAAUCCUUGAGUGCAGUGUAAUGGUAGUAGUACAUUAAAAGAUGUAUAAUUAGCCCAAUCAAGCUUAAAGGAGCAGAUUUUUGUCAUUGCUUAUAAAAGCACCUUACCACUCAUUGAAUGUACAUAAUGUACUCUUCAUUCAUUGUACGUUUAUAUAAAUAGUUCAUGUUUGUGUUGCUCAUAUCACCCCUAUAUAUAAGCUGCCGUGUGUAUAUAUGAAUUCUUGUUAGUCUGUACAUAGCUCCCGUGUUUGUACAGUUAACACUAGAUAAUCCAUUGGUCGGUGCUGCAGAUAUGUGUCUUAUUGCAACACCUUAUUAGCCACCGUCAUGCCGUCACUGUGAAGACUUGACAUCCUGGUCACUAGGACCGGUUGCUUUACUCUGCUCUCUCAGUCCAAGGAUAGGUUUCAUUCUUCAUCGAUGAAAUGCUUCCAGCACAAGCGCUUGAAAUAUCCUUAAGAGAUUUGAAUGAACUUGAAUUUUAUCUUCAGGUGGGAAAAACACCUGCGAGAGUGCCUUGAAUUGCAGUUUCAGUUUUAUGAAGAAAAGCAUUUAGAUUCAAAGCAGACACUAGAUAUUCUAUAUAUGCUUUCACCUUCAAAGGUAAAUUAUGUGAUUUGAAUAAUAAAUGUGGAUUGACACAUGCUUAAUUUAGCAACAAAAACAUAAUUAAACACUAUAAUCUGGUCAUGUUGCAGUUCAUAAAAUAUCACAGAUUGUAAAACAGAAUCUUGUACACUGAAGUCGUUUUCUUGUGGGAUUGCUCUACCACCUGCACCACCGCCUGCAUGAAUACACUGAUAUUCUGAAUGUGCACAGGUUGAUGUGGUGAGCUUCAGGAGGAUGUUGUUAAGAGAAAUUGGCACUGAAGCCCUACGACAAGGAGGGCUGAAGGACUCAACACGAGUCAAAAUCAUAAUCAUACCAUACCUCUACUAAUGCAGUCUGUAGCUUUACAUAUUGUUGCCUUUGUGGUUUUUAAGAGAUUACUGUGUGGGUGGUUAAUUGUUUGAUAAAUGUUGAUGAUACGAUGAUGUUAGAGGCACACAAAGAAUGUAAAUUAUUGAGAAGCCACAACUGUUUGACAUGUUAUUUGUACAAUGCAUAGGUUUUCUAAAUUAUGUUUAUUCAGCGCUGGCCUCACGGGAUCAUCUGGCUCAUACAGCUAAUUGUGUGUAUUAUGGCUGACUUAAUUCAAAGAUUUCCGUAAAGCACUACGCUAUCAUGCCAUCAGUUUUCUCAAUAGUGCGGCCUCCAAAACAACACUUUCACUUUCAAUACUUAUCUUGUAUAACUUUUAUUAGCAAAUAUCCUUCUGAGGUGACGUUUGUUAAAUGCAUCAAUGUUCUGAUGUAUUGUGGUAAAGAAGAGCAGGGGCAAAAAUAUAUGUAGUCAAGAAGUACGUUGGGUGUGAUGAUUCAGACAGAGUAUGAGUCAAGUUCCAGAAAUGCUGAAACCUACAUUUCCCAUGAUGCAACUUAAUAGAAUUUCUGACAUCAUCAGGGUUAUUUAUCAAACUUUGGAAAGCUGUUCCAGAGCUACAGAAGAUGUUACACACCCUUGUGUUGAGUAAACAGAACCUAAUGUAGAAAACUGGGGAGUGCUGCUUUAAAAAAAACUGACAUGUUUGCCCAGUGUGAUGAUAAUCUAACUAAAAAAGAAGGAGCCUCUGUCUGUCUUUAUGUCUGUCCUUUGAUUUUCUCGAUAACUGCUCAUCAGAUCGACUUCCCACUUGGCAGGUCUAUUGCAGAGAACCCAAGUUUGAGCUCUUGAGAUCUAUGGGACAUAUUUAUUAGUAGUGCAUACACACUUGGUGCUUCUCAAAGUCAAGGAUGCUUCCUUGGUAGGGCAGGUCCUUUCAAGUUGGGUCCUACAGAGGCAAGGCAAGAAUCGUGACUAGCAUUCAGUGAACACACAUCGGAACAGGCUAGCAAGUGCCCAGGUGUGCGUCAUUGAAGAGACCCUCCCUUCAAUUCUGGCAUAUUGUGCGCAAAGAAUUCAAGGAUACACACAUGCAUUCUUGAAAAUUCUCUGAAGGAAGGACUUGGUCCUCGGUAGAAUUCGAAGGAUCCUUGACAUUGGAACAGUCCUUCAGUGGGAUUUGAUGACGUAGCGUCGUUAACAUUCAGCAAUUUAAGGAUCCUUCCUUGACUUUAAGGAGCACCAGCUGUGUAGUGUAUUGAGAAGCCCUCAGGAACAGCGCCAGGCUUUGAGACAAUUUUACAUAGUGGCCACAUGUGGAAUUACAACUUCUGGGUUCGUCAGGUGAUGCCACGGGGCCCGAAAGACUUCUUCCCAUAGACUUAUAUUGUGAAAGAGACGUCUGUAAAUCAGUGGUUACAUUUGUUUUGAGCAUCACAACCCCUGCAAAUAACUCAUGUCACUAUCACAAUUUGAUCUAUUUGGUCUGAUAACAUUGGGAAAGUCUAGAGGAGGUGCAUGAUUGAAUAAUUUUAUCCCCAUUCAAGUUAGAGAAGGGCGGGAAGUUAACCUCUUGGCUGAGCUUGGUCGCUGUAAGUCCCUAGUGUGCUUGCUCUAUGGGUCCUACAAUGCGCAAGACUUGGGUAAUGUCAUACCAAGAAUAUUGACCUUCUUUGGCCUCAUGUGCCUCUGAGCAACUUUCAUAGGAAUGAAUGAUGCCCUGUCUCCAAUAAUGUAUCUCGUUCUCUUUAUACAUUCAUGGUAUUGAGAGGGGACCUGUAUUAGUUCUUACACCGCUGAAUGGCAUGCUGAUAGCUAAGGUAUGACCUGCCAUGCUCUCCCUCUGACUGGCUAGUACUUGUUGCCUUCAUUUGUUGGGUUGAUUAGGUUAAGGCAAGAGGAGUGGGAUUGGUUAGGAUUAUUGUAAGAACAUAAGGAUAAGCCAAUCAUAAGCAGAGUAGGGCAGGUUGUGCUUUCGCUAUUGUCAGAAAUGCAAAUUUGGCCUGGGUAAAACUCGCUCUCUGUUGCUCACUACAGUACAUUUAAGAACAGAUAAAGAAAGUGAGACUGGCGGUGUUACAUUAUAGCAAACUCAAACAUUUUAAGAAUCAGUGUCAUAACUUUCUUAAGUCAUAACUUUGUAAUGCUUUUGUUCCUGAAAAUAGCCUGGUCACAAAUAGCUAGCUGUUAGCAAAUGACAAGUAUGAUCUAGCAUUACUAAAGAGACGCAGCGUUAUCAUGGCAGGUGUACUGUUUAGCACCAAAGAAGACACAGUGUCACGUGUGAAGUUGCUUGGAUGAGCGGUUUUAGAGAAAGUUGCAAGCGGCAAUACCGAAGGCCAAGCAAUCGGCCCGUUCUGAACAGCCAACGUUUUGAAUGGGCACUGCAUUAGUUAGUCUUAAAGGCAGAAUUUCUCCCAUGAUGAGAAAUAGAUUAUUUUUGUUUUUCUUGAGAACAUCUCUGAUGCAGCUAUUUUCUUUGCGCUUCACUCCCUGUAUUUGAUCUGUUUAUUGCUUGCAAUGAAAGCUAGGUAUAUGGUUCCUUUUGCCUGCUGUAUCACCUGUUUUCCCCGCCAUUUCCUGACCUCGCCAGAUCGGUUCUCUCUCACAGAAGCUGUACAUACUUGAAGACAGAAAUAAUAAAUUCAUUUUUGCUUGACACCAUACAAUGUUAGUCACGUACUUGUUUCAUUACAUACUAAACAUACUAU